AUGGCGGACCUCCAAAUCUCUCCCUACAAGCCCAACACGAUCCAGGGUAAACCCUCAUUGAGAGCUUGCGAAGUGUGCUAUAGUAAGAAAAUCCGGUGCGACACGGGGGGACACAACAGUGCAUGUUCUUACUGUGUAUCUCACGGCAUUGAUUGCGCCGCAAGAACGCGUAAGCGGAAGGCACAGUCAAUUUCGAGAAAUGCGUCAAACAAGAGACAAGAGCAAGGAUGUAGCGCAGCAAACUCACCUGCUGAAGUACGGAGGACGUACAGCAGGGAAGAGAAUGGGACUGUUCGGCAUGGUGCUAGCCCGAACACAUCACCAGUGACAUCGCCGUACUUAUUUGUUACAUAUCAGCCGGCAACGGAACCGAUUUCUUCGCCUGACGCAUUCCACAACUCGUCCUACCUCUCUCGUGCCGCCAUACUCGGGGAUGAAUUCGCUAGAAUCGAUCAUUCACAUGGUGAGCGAAGGGCAUCGACAGAUCACGUCCUCUCGAAGACCGAUCUGGAAGUGUUGAAGCUGUACAAGGCCUUCGAGCUCCCCAUCGCACCUCUGCGACAAAGCCUCGUCGAUGCGUACAUAGAUCACGCAUGGGUAUGGAUGCCUGUGGUUGACCUCAGCAAGCUCAUUGGGACGUAUACAGCAGGAGAAGGCUCGCUACUGGUAUUACAGGCAGUGCUCUUGGUUGGUGCCAUCAUGAGGCCUGAAGUUUGUGACAAGGAUUUUGUCGAUGAGCAGUAUCGAAAGGUGAAGGCUUUGCUCAAUGCUAGCUACGAACGAGAUCCGAUGCACAUCCUCACUUCAUUGUGUUUGAUUCAGUGGUAUGCGCCAACCGCGCCGAAAGACGUGUCAACAGAUACACCUCGGGCUUGGGCUACUUCUGCUGUCGGUCUAGCGCAGCAAGUUGGGCUUCAUAGGCCAACUGAUGCGCUUUUCGGGGAUCACAAAGGCGUUUGGAGACGCAUUUGGUGGACAUUGGCAACACGAGAUUCGCUAAUGGCAUCUGCCCAUGGGCGGCCUCGUAUGAUGAAUUCAGCGGAUUCAGCGAAUGAAAUGAUAACAGUGGAUGACUUUGAAGAUCCCAGAGACAGGAGAGCAGCGAUCUUUGUCGAGUACGUCAAGAUAUGCCAAAUUUUGGGCGAUUUAUGUCAGCUUCUGACAAGAAACGGCCGCAUCAAUCAUAGAGAACGCGCUGAAUUCACCUGGAGGCUGAAAUCCUAUCUGGAUGCUCUACCGGAAGAGUUCUUGAUCGUGGAUAAGGGAUAUGAUUUCGAACUAGCUCAGAUGCAUAUCCCAAUUCUAUCUACCAUCUCAAUCUUACACCGGCCUCGUUCAGUUUUUAACAUUACCCCUGCCAACGCAGCAAGCAUCGUCGCAGGCAAUCUCAGUUUCCGACUAUUUCAAUCAAUUGAAUUGCGAGGUCAGACUAAACUGCUCAGCUCAGCUUUUGCCUGGCACUUAAUGGCGACUUGCAUACCGCACCUUUCAGCCCUCCGUAUCAGAGAGCUCAGAGACGAAGCAAUAUACGCCCUAGACGAGCUUGAAAAAGUAUUUUCUACGUUGGGCAAAGUCCGGCCAGCGGCACAGCAAAAUCUCCGCAAUGUGCGUGCAAUCCGUCGCGCUGUACUUGCAUCAAAACGCUCUGAGCAAAGCAGGCGCACCACGCCAGAACCUGAUUCUGCUUUCGAACAGCCGCAGGUCAGUCCCGAGCACCUCCUGCAAAUCUACGGCCAAGAAGUCAUGCAAUACUUUCAUCGCAUUUUCAUUGCCCUUCAAGACGUUCAAAACGUCCACACCGAAGCUACACCAAUGCAGGUACCCGAGAUGAUGCCUCCUGUUCGCAAUACACCGAACGGCAACAUACACUUAGAAAUGGCGACUCCGGUUAUUGGCGCAUAUCAGGAUUUAUUUUCAAACCUGUUCGGCGAUUCGACUUUGCAAGACAAUGUUUGGAUGAAAGAUUGGAUGGAGGAUCUGCAAUUAAUGCCUGAAUGA